CCUAUCGCUGUUUUCUCGGUCCUGAAUAUUAAACACAAGAAAGCACAAUUGGACGUCCACUUGUGGAGACAAAUCCGUUAAAUUUUAAACGAGCCUUCUGAAAUCUCGCAGAGAAAAACGAUAUACUCAAUCAUGUCUGAUUCUUUUAUUCCCCGCGUCCUAGGGAUAACGGGAAGUCUCUUCCUCUCCGGUUUCGCCUUCAGUGCCUCAUAUUACACCCUGCCAGCAACAGCCCUCGCCCCUUCCCCCCUUCGUCUCAAACAAUGGCUUGUAGUCUACGACCUCGGGAAACUCAUCUCCCCACCGCUUUCCGUCAUCUCAGCAACAUGCUGGUUCUACAGCGCCUGGGUAUCUCACUCUACACAUGCAAUACAGCUCCAUUCCGCAGCAGGAGCUCUCACGCUUGGAACGACGAUCUGGACGGUGCUGGCCAUGAUGCCGACUAACAAAGCACUGAUGACGAAGGUGAAGGCUGUAGAUGAGGCCAAAGGAGAGGAAAUAGGAAGUUCGGAGUGGAAGAGGGAGGCGGAGAAGGAGUUGGCGAGUUGGAGUUGGAUGAAUUAUGUUAGAGCUGUGAUUCCGUUAGCCGGGGGUUGGGUUGGGAUGUCUGCUGCUUUGAAGUGAUCAGAUGGAUUCACGCAAUAAGAGACAAUGUUUGUCCCGAGGCAGUUUGAGAGGAGCUCCAACGUGCUGCAGUGUAGUCAGUUAGUGAUUAGACAUAUACCUGUACGUGGUUCUUUGAAAAAGCUUUGUAAGGAUCAGAAAAAGCCGACCAAUAAAAGGAUGUCAAGAAGUAGCGGCGACCGAGCGAGGAGAAUGCACAAAGCUAUGCCUGAACUCUGUGACUUGCAAUGAGCUCUUGACGCUAGGGCAGCCCGUGGGCAUCAAACCCUCAAUUAUCACUAGCACGAAAUGAUCUCAGACCACUUCACUUUCCAUACAUUAAGAGCCCCAG